AUAUAAGUGAUAAGUUUAUUUUGAUGCUCAAAUAUAAGUGAUAAGUUUCUUUUGAUGAUCAGUAUAUAUAAAAAGAUUCUGCUUUCUGCUAAAAGGAACUUUCUAAGUGUCUUCCGUGUCUUUGAAGCUCAAAGCUACCAACAGAAUCUUGUCUGUUUGCAAUGAAGCAGCCUGCACAGACAUCUGGAAGACUAGUAAACUGUGGUCACAUUUAAACUAUUGAUUACAACUUAUUCAUCUGUUACAGCUUUCAUAUCAGUGUUUGCUCAAUGACUCCAUAUGGAACGCAGAACGGGAUCUGAUUGAUAGAGGCAUCAUGAGGGUUGUGCUUUGAAUAAUCCUGUUAAAUCUGGCCUAAGAAGCUGACCCAUGAAAGCACACUUAUUUUACCAGCAGCUGAAACCCUCAGCCAUCCCAGAUGAGAUGACAGUUCACCACAGCACACAAGCCCUGAAGUAUUACAGAUGUGUCCUGCUGACCACCGGCCUGGUCGUUCUCCUGCUGGCCGUGAUGUUGGUCCAGCUGCUGCUCUUCCCUCUGCUCCUCCCCCCUCUGAACCGCGCAGACGACAUGCCGCUGCGACAGGAGGGCGGCUCCUGCAGUGACCCCUGCAGGAUAGUGCUGGUGGAGAGCAUCCCAGAAGGGCUGGUCUACAACUCCAGCACCCCCAACCCUUCCAUCUACCAGGCCUGGAUGAACCUGAUUGGAGAGGCCCGAAGCAGCGUGGACAUCGCCUCUUUCUAUUGGACGAUGACCAACGAGGACACGGAGACCGAAGAGCAGACGGCCUGGCAGGGGGAGAGGGUCCUGAAAGAGCUAGUGAAGUUGCCAGGGUACGGGGUCUCAGUACGGGUUGCUGUCAACACCCCGAAAGCCUCUCAGCCUCAGAAUGACCUGCAGGCCCUGCUGGACGGAGGUGCUGUCAUUCGUAAGGUGAACCUGCUCAAGCUGACGAAUGGUGUCUUGCACACCAAGUUCUGGGUGGUGGACAAGAAACACGUUUUCAUCGGGAGCGCCAACAUGGACUGGAGAUCGCUGACGCAGGUAAAGGAGUUGGGGGCCGCUGUGUAUAACUGCAGUUGCUUGGCUCAGGACUUGGGGAAGAUCUUUGAAGCCUAUUGGUUCCUGGGACAGCCUGACGCCACUGUCCCCUCCCAUUGGCCCAGUAACUACUCCACCCCCUUCAACAAGGACACACCCCUUGAGGUGCCUCUCAAUGGGACCUCGUCCAGCGUUUACCUGUCGAGCGCCCCUCCAGCGCUAUGUCCACAAGGAAGGACCCAGGACCUGCAAUCCAUUCUCAGUGUCAUCGAGGAUGCGCAGGACUUUGUGGACAUCGCUGUCAUGAACUACCUCCCCACCAUGGAGUACUCGCACCCCAAAAGGUACUGGGCCACCAUCGACAAUGAGCUGCGCCGGGCUGCGUACGAGAGGCGUGUGCGCGUGCGCCUGCUCAUCAGCUGCUGGUCUCACUCCCAGUCUGUCAUGUUCCCCUUCCUGCGCUCGCUGGCUGCCGUCAACGACCGCAAGAGCUGGCUGGACAUCCAAGUGAAGCUCUUCGUGGUCCCCUCCACUCAGGCACAAGCACAGAUCCCUUUUGCCAGAGUCAACCACAACAAGUACAUGGUGACUGACAAGGUGGCCUAUAUCGGCACAUCUAACUGGUCCGGGGAUUAUUUCCUGCACACUGCAGGCUCGGCGCUGGUGGUGAAUCAGACAGCGUCCCGAUCCAGCGAGCAGACAGUGCAGGAGCAGCUGCAGGCCGUGUUUCAGAGGGACUGGGAGUCCGUCUACAGCACCCAGCUCAGCCAGGACACCGACAUCAGCGCCAUCUGCGCAGUGAAGUGAGAGCCGAGAGGAACACAGACACACUGCCCAGAGCUCUGGAGAAACAGCCUACCUCCCCAGGGAAAGAGCAUGUCUCAACUGCCUCCCAAAUGGAACCCGCAAUAAUAUAGCGCCUUUUAUUCUGUUACCAGCAGUGCGCUGGGGUAGAACACAGUCGUUUUGCACUGAAACACUGCAUACAACAGAUAUUUAUAUAUAUUUUGUAUUUCUUAUUUACAAAGCAAAGUAAUUGCUAAACUGAAAACUGAUUGUUUUAAUAAUUAGCUAAAACCUUUCGGAUUCCGCCUUCUUCAGAUAGCAUGGUAGAAAUAGCCGGGUGGACUAGGUGAGUCUACCUAGCUUUUCCUAUCAUGGUGAAGGCAAAAGCCGAAAUGUUGUAGCUAAUUAUUAAAACGGUGUGUUUUUAGUUUUAACAAUGACUUUCCUUCUACAUUAAAUAUUCCUGUGGGUUAUUUUUUAAGACUGUAAUAAUUGCUUAUUGAAAUUCCACUUGGUGUUUUUAACCCUAAUGAGUACAUUUAGUUUUUAAGAUAUGCAGUGGGACAAGUAUUGUUUCAGCCUCAAGAUCAAAUGUGGACAGAGUUCGAUUCUGAAGGAUGCCGUUUGGAAAUAGUUCAGGAAAUGCAUCUUUGUAACUCUGGAAAGUAAUUGUAUUGUAUUUUGUAAUAAAAAAGUUGAGUGAGA